AGAGCAGAAAGCGGAGACUGGUACACAAUGUAUGUAAAUAGGGAAUGAGGAAAGUGUCUGGCACAGUAUCAGGUCAUGUGGGAAAGACAUUGUGGAGCAUUCACAGAGGGAUAAGUGGCUCUUUGUGUGACUCUAUAGAGUGGAGUCUCUCCCCACAGUAUCUCUGCUUUAUCUCAGCCCUCUCCUCUCUGCUGUUAAGAAGGGUAUUUUUGUCUUUCAAAAGUAUGAAACUUUCAAGGGUUUUAUUAGAUUCUUUUUUGUUUCUUUUGUUUUUUCAUUUUUUAAACAUCAAGAACAGUGCAUGUCAUGAAGAACCCAGACACACAACUGCAGUUCAGAGGGUAAAACAUGGAGCUGCCAAACCUAGAGUGAGGAGAGGGUCACAAGGAGAAGGCUCCAAGAAAGAUGCUGGAAACCUAGGCUACCCAAGGCUUAUCUACUCGCCGACAACUGGAUUACCAGACGUGAAUCGGAUGCAAAAUGACUCUUCACAGUCACCCACCUGGGGACCAAAGCUGAAAAACUCACUAUAUCCUCUGAGCGAGAACUCACUGAGUGCUUACGGGGUGCUUCUGCUCUCACUAGUUGUAUUUGCUGUGGGCAUUGUUGGCAACCUGUCCAUCAUGUGCAUUGUGUGGCAUAGCAUGUCUAUGAAGAGUGCUUGGGAUUCCAUCCUAGCCGGUGUCGCACUCUGGGACUUUAUGCUACUCUUCUUAUGUUUGCCUGUAGUUGUUUUCCAAGAGAUCACACAUCGAAGACUUCUGGGGUUCCUCUCCUGUCGCAUUAUACCGUAUAUGGAGGUUUCUUCCCUUGGUGUUACGACAUUCUCCUUAUGUGCAUUGGGGAUAGACCGCUUCCAGUCAAUAACUUCAUCACAGUUGCCUCCAAGACCAGUGGAACAUUGCCAGUCCAUCCUAGGAAAGGUAUCGGUUAUCUGGAUUGGAUCCUUGAUUCUUGCUCUCCCCGAAAUCCUUUUGUGGCAGCUGAAUCAGGAGCACUCUCCAGUAUCGGGGCUGAUCGUUGAUUCCUGUGUGAUGAAUCCUUCUCCUGAUCUUCUUCCUGUUCUGCACUCCUUAGUCUUAACAUACAAACAUGCCCGAAUGUGGUGGUUCCUUGGCUGCUACUUCUGCCUGCCCCUCUUUUUUACUAUGACAUCACUACUGGUGACUCUGCGAAUUGUUGGAAACACAAAGAACAUGAAAAAUAGCCAAUGUCAACGCCAGCUGAGCUGGAUAAUGGCAGGUCUGGCUAUUGUCUAUGGAGUGUGCAUACUCCCUGAAAACAUCGUAAAUAUCUUGGUGGCCUAUACCAGUCUGGAUCUCCCUGAGAAUCUCCUGACUCUCAUCACUCAGUUCUUCUUAUUCCUAAAGUCGGCAGCAACACCUGUCCUCCUCUUAUGCAUCUCUAAACCACUAGGACAGGCCUUUUUGGAUUGUUGCUGUUGUUGCUGUGAUGAUGAUCCUAAACAAGCCACCUCUACACAUAAUGCUGAAGAAAACAGUGCAAAACUGGAACCUCUUAACCCCCCAUACAGUGCAAAUGAUUCCGCACGACAGCUGGGCACCCCCUGCUAAGUAAGGGAUAGUGAAUGCGUAUUAUGUAGAUACCGGUAGCGAUCCCAUCCUAACCUAACAAGAAGGGAAGGUGGUACAUGGUAAAUAGAAGACAACUGGAACAAAACUGAGAACGUUUGAGGUGAAAAGACUAAGCUGAAUGGAUAAAAAAAAGUGAAUUGUAAUGUAGGAUAAUGCAGAUGAAGCACUCACCACAUCAGAGGUUAAGCAACAUAGAACUUUAUUCCAGACUAGAGCCGGUAAAACAGAGCAGACAGACACACAGGGAGAAUGGAUGGAACAGGUGAGGCAUGGGCGUGACAGGGG